AUGGGCAAUCAGAUUUUUUUCUUCCUCUGCGCUAAUGACCAGGCCGAGAAGAAGAACAUCCUUUUCUGCAGUUUUGCUUCUUCCCAGUUUAAUGAUGACAGAUCUACGGUGCUAUUGACUGAUGCUGACUUUGGAGAGUCAUCAAAACAGAAGUCGUUAACGGUCACUCACACGGUGCAUUACCAGUCCGUCUCGCAGGCCACCGGACCCUUGGUCGAUGUGUCAGAUGCUCGACCUGGAACAAAUCCAACCACCAGGAAAAAUGCAAAAGCCGGUCCGGCUGCCCGCAACAGAUACGCAAGUCAGUGGACGCUUAACAGACCCCACCCCACCAUAUCCGCGCACACACUAACCACAGACUGGAGGCUACCGACUCCGAGAGCCACCGGAUCAGUAGACAAGGAGAGCGACAGCUACAGUGUCAGCCCGUCACAGGACACAGACCGAGCGAGGAGCAGCAUGGUCUCCACAGAAAGUGCCUCGUCCACCUACGAAGAGUUAGCAAGAGCCUACGAGCACGCAAAGAUGGAGGAGCAACUGAGACAUGCCAAAUUCACCAUCACAGAAUGCUUCAUAUCAGACACCUCUUCAGAGCAACUGACUGCAGGGACUAAUGAGUAUACAGACAGUCUGACCUCUAGCACGCCAUCAGAGUCUGGGAUUUGCAGAUUUACUGCAUCACCUCCUAAACCUCUUGAUGGUGGAAAGGUACAAAACAUGGCAGCUCCAAAGGCACAUCGGCCAGGUGAUGUGAUGAACUUGCCGCCGUACCUUAGAAUGGACUUUUUAUUAAAUCGUGGUGCUUCAGGAACUAGCAGAGACUUGGGUUUAGGGCAGGCUUGCUUGGAACCUCAGAAAAGCCGAACCCUGAAGCGACCCACAGUUCUGGAACCAAUACCCAUGGAAAACCCUUCAGCACGUGAAGUACAGUCGUGGCAGCCCAGCGCAGGGGCGGCGGCGGCGGCAGCAGCGGCCGCACCGGUACCUCCACGAGAGGCCACAGAGCUUGGACAGGCAGCUAAAAUAAGCAGUUCACAGGAAUCGCUGCUGGACUCCCGGGGGCACUUGAAAGGAAAUAACCCUUACACAAAAUCUUACACCCUGGUAUAA